AAUGCACUACUUCCUUAAUCGCCCCCGAUUACACCACACACAAAAUCUAGUUCUCUCUCAAAACCCUUCGAUCCAAAUCCCUAAAUUUCCCAAUUCCAUCUAAUUUCAUUGCUUCAAUUAAAUUCUAAUUAUCGAAGAUGCCGAAGAAGAUGGGCGUCAAUAGCAAGGCUGAGGCCGCUCGGGCUCGGAAGAGCGCCACCGAAGCCGAGCGCAAGGAGCGCGACGCACGCGAAAAGGAAGAGCAGUUCUGGCGCGAAGCCGAGGGCCCUAAAUCCCGUGCCGCCAAGAAACGGGAGGAGGAAUCUGAAAAGCGAGCAGAAGCCGUUGCUCGUCGCGCUGAAGCCCGCCGGUUGGCCGAACAGGAAGAGAAGGAGAUCGAUAAAUCCAUGAAGAAGCCAGAUAAGAAGGCGAAUCGGGUUUCUAUUCCUGUUCCUAAGGUGACGGAAGCGGAGCUGAGGCGGCAGCGGGAAGAGGAGCAGGCGGAGCUGGCUAAGAAAGCGGACGAGAUGAAACGAAGGCAGAGCAGGACAGCUGCUGUGGAGGAUUAUGAGAAAAUGGUGUUGGUUACAAAUACGAAUCGUGAUGAUUCCAUUAUUGAAGCGAGGACUGUGGAGGAUGCGAUUGCACAAAUGGCAGUCACGGAUAACUUGCCGGUUGAUAAGCAUCCCGAGAGGAGGCUCAAGGCCUCGUUUAAGGCUUUUGAGGAAGUUGAGCUUCCUAAACUGAAGGAAGAGAAGCCAGGUCUUACUCAUAAUCAAUACAAGGACAUGAUAUGGAAGUUAUGGAAGAAAUCUCCUGACAAUCCUCUUAAUCAGGUGCAGAUUAAUGAGUGAGUGCUGCUGCAUUUUCAGACUUGGUAGCAGGCAACAAUUUCUUAUGGUCUAUUGCCAGGGUAUGUUUCUCGGCAUAUUGUCGAGCAAUUUGCAAGUUCAUGAGCUUAUGUGGCUUAUAAGUUGUAUGUAGUUGCUUUGGUUGCGUACUACAUUGGAGUGUAUGCUCAUACUGUAAAAUAUUGAAUUAAUAAUGCUAUACUAUCCUUUGGCCCAAGUGGGGUGGUUCUUAUCUUCUUGUGGACACACCUGGACUUGAUAGAAGGUAUUUUCUUCUUUUCA